AUGCAGAAUUUGGAGUUUGCCCAUCUGGCUUUCAGUAUUGAUUUGGUCCAGUAUUUCCUCAUGAUCCCUUCCCUACAAUUUGGAAUGAGUGAAUCAAGCACAUCUUUAAAUGAAAGGAACCACAGGAAGCUACUUCUCAUAGCUAUGUCUGCUCCAACGAGUGUAUCUCAGGGAGGAAACUCAGUGUUACUGAAUCAAACCUUAGUCACUGAAUUUCUCCUCUUGGGAGUGACAGACAUACAAGAAUUGAACCCUGUUCUCUUUGCCAUAUUCCUUACCAUGUACUUUGUCAAUGUGGCUGGGAAUGGAGCCAUCCUGAUGAUCGUCAUCUUGAAUUCAAGACUCCACUCACCUAUGUAUUUUUUCCUGGGAAACCUAGCAUGUCUAGAUAUCUGCUACUCCACCGUGACAGUGCCGAAGAUGCUGGGCAACUUCCUCUCUACCAACAAAGCAAUUUCCUUCUUGGGAUGCAUAACUCAGCUUCAUUUCUUCCACUUCCUGGGUAGUACAGAGGCCUUGCUGCUGACAGUGAUGGCAUUUGAUCGCUUCGUGGCUAUCUGCAAACCACUCCACUAUCCCUUCAUCAUGAAUCGUCAAGUCUGUAUCCAGAUGGCAGUCACCAUUUGGGCCAUUCCUUUUCUCCACGCUCUGCUUCAUUCCAUAAUGACAUCUCAUUUGAACUUUUGUGGUUCCAACCAUAUUCAUCAUUUCUUCUGUGAUGUUAAGCCAUUAUUGGAGUUGGCUUGUGGGAACACUGAACUCAACAGGUGGCUGCUUAAUACUCUCACGGGGACCAUUGCCAUUGGCCUCUUCUUUCUGACAUUUCUCUCCUAUUUCUACAUUAUCACCUACCUGUUUCUCAAGACCCGUUCUUGCAGCAUGCUCCACAAAGCACUGUCUACUUGUGCCUCUCACUUCAUGGUUGUUAUUAUUUUCUAUGCUCCUGUUCUCUACAUCUAUAUCAGUCCUGCCUCAGGAAGCUCCCUGGAAGAGGACAGGAUCAUUGCUGUCAUGUACACUGUGGUCACUCCUGCACUCAAUCCACUCAUCUAUACUCUAAGGAACAAGGAAGUGAGGGGUGCUUUUAAUAGGAAAAUCAGAACACAGAUUUGA